AUGUAUCCGGAGUGGUUUACCUAUGCGAGGAAGCAUUCAGGUAUCGCCGAAAGCUCUCAUUUUAAGGAUAACAACUUCACUGGCCGUAAUCUUAGUCUGCUUGGGGCAGUAAUGAGGCUUCGCGAUCAUGCCUUCAACAUCUUGACCAGUCGAGAGAUUGAGCUAUCGCGAGGUAUACGCGCUACAUGGCGGCAAUGUGGACGCAUCGAAAGUUACAGGACCAAGUUCUCUUACCAAGAUCUAUGGGUAGUUCGGAGACAACUCGAGGCUGCAGAGCGCCGCCAAUUAGACCCUCGUCUCCCGUGGGAUCCCACGAACCCGUUCAUGGAACCGGCACAGCAUGCGCCUGGCAUAUACGACGCCGAUGACUGGAGGAUUCUGGAUGUAGCCGACGAGGUCGAACACGAUUCCCUGCCUGCAAACGAUACCCUGCCUGCAAACGAUACCCUGCCUGCAAUCGAUCCCUUGCUCUAUCUAGACGCUUGUAGAACCGUCGCUGUCGAGCAAAUGCCUAACAUAACCCCUACAGUUGUAAUUCAGACGCCACCACGACAAAUACAACCACCAGACCCUACAUGCUCCGCAUAUGUACGGCACACGCGAUCAGUCGACUCGCUUCUCCAGGCCGGACCGAGUUCAAGGCCAAAUCGGCAAGCAAGUCCGCUUAGACCAAGCAUAGGCUCUGCAUAUGCGCCAAAGCGGACUCACUCGCAGCGUCAGUCCACGGACGAUACUGAGCAUAUGCACAUACGUGAUAUCGAAAAGGAUCGCGCAAAUGGUAUGACUCUCCGCAGUGCCACAAAAGCACAUGCUCAGCGUAUGUCAGUCCGGCGCGAAAGACCAGCACGCGCUCAGCAUAUGCGGACCAGAAGCCAGGAGGAGUUUCACGCAAAGGCAGCGGAGCUUGAAGCUAGAAUCGAGGCGAUGCUGGAGACGGAUUUACUAUAA